CCUGCUUUGUCGCCUCCACAAAAUGGGCGAGUGUCAGUCAUAGCUCAAACAGUGGAUUCAAUAGCAAUCUACAGCUGUAACGAGGGCUUCUCGCUAGAAGGAGAAGCGACUCGCACGUGUAUUGACAUUGGAGAAGGACUGGUAAUCUGGACCGGACAAGAACCAACCUGUGUCCCUAUCAGAUGCCCCAGGCUCCCAGCUCCAGCCAAUGGGAGAGUGGUGGCUCCGGUUCGCACCGUCGGGUCGCAGGCUUCUUACUCUUGCAGCGAUGGUUACAGACUCAGUGGAGCGUCGACACGAGUCUGCCAGAGCAACUCCGAGUGGAGCGGACAGGAACCAAGAUGUGUCCUUGUUGACUGUGGAAGAUUGGCAGACAUACCGAGAGGGAGGGUCGAAGUGACAACCACCACAUUUCUUUCAACUGCCACCUACGUCUGUGACUCCGGAUUCUCCAUUGAGGGGACAUCUGUUCGUACCUGCCUUGCUACGGGGGUGUGGUCUGGACGAGAGCCUACCUGUACACCAUCAACUUGUGGAUCACUCGACAACCCGAGUAAUGGGCAGGUCACCAUUGCUGGAACCGGCAUCGGUGCCACGGCAACCUACAGCUGUAACACUGGUUACAUAUUCAGGGGUGUGGUCUCCAGAGUAUGUCAGGCCAACGGGCAAUGGUCUGGCUCUGCACCAACUUGUGAAGUUGUCACAUGCUCUGAUCUACCGGCACCAACCAAUGGAGAUGUUCAGGUAACUGGUUUCGAAUUCACCAGCACUGCCACCUACGUCUGUGACAGCGGCUACGUUCUGGUCGGA